AUGACCACUGUCAUUGAGAAAUGCCACAUUGAGGGAUUUUCAAACUUCAAAACCCGAAACUUGGGAAGCGAAUUGAUAUUCUUAGACGAUGAUAAAUCAUUCAGAUUCAAAUUGAAAACAUUACAGCUACUUUGCGGCAAUGUCAAGGACUCCAAGUUUGUAAGAAAUUCUAAAGAACCAAGUGUAUUCCGCCCCGUAACCGUCAAACUCUUUAAAUCUUCCAAAGUUCAUUAUUGA